CCCAACACGCAAACCCGACUCCUCUCGCACAGGCCAAAACGCCACCAAAAUUAAAGGGCAAAAAAAAGGAAAAAAAGGAAAAGGAAAAGGAAACGCCUCGCCGGGAAUGGGCAAGCAGCAGCCGCAGCCGCCACCGGCGGCGAUGUCGGCGCCACCGCGGAAGCGGAAGAAGAAGGGGCGGCCCUCCCUCCUCGACCUCCAGAAGCGGACCCUCCGCCUCGAGAAGCUGCAGGAGCCGCCGCCGCCGCCACCGCCCCCGCAGCCGCGGCGGUCCACGCGGAGGAACCCCGCCGGCGUCGACUCCGGCGACGAGGGGACGGCACCCGGCGGCCGCCGCGAGAAGAAGCUCCGCCUCGUCAUGGGCCUCCCCGACGGAUCGGCCAAGGGAGAAAAGACGAGGAAAGCGACGGAUGGGAGUGAAGAGCCGUCAGAUUCCGGGCCCACGACACCUUUGCCGGACAAAAAGUUGUUAGUCUUCGUCCUUGAUAGGCUGCAGAAGAAGGACACAUAUGGUGUAUUCUCUGACCCUGUUGACCCCGAAGAGCUGCCUGAUUACCAUGAUAUUAUCAAGCAUCCAAUGGAUUUUUCAACAAUUCGGAAGAAGCUCAAUAAAGGGGCUUAUGGCAACUUGGAGCAAUUUGAGGAUGAUGUAUUCUUGUUAACCUCAAAUGCGAUGUGCUACAAUUCACCAGAUACAAUAUACUAUCGACAGGCACGGGCGAUCCAAGAGCUUGCCAAGAAGGACUUUGAGAACCUUAGGCAGGAUAGUGAUGCAAGUGAGCCAGAACCAGAACCGGAAAUUAAACCAGAUCCUGAACCAAAGCCACAACCACGGAGGGGCAGGCCUCCAAAUAAGAACACUAUCAAACAGAAAGUUGGGAAGCCACCGGUAGAACGCGCUACUGCAGACUUUUCUGGAGCAACACUCGCUAGUGUUGGAAAUAAUGGACAUCGUACGCAGCCACCAUUUGAUCUGCAACGGCAAGUAAUGAAUGGAUCCUUUAUCGCAGAUGUACUGAGAGCUUCUUUUGCCAGUCGAAAUAAUGGAUACAAUUGGUCUAACGAGCGCAAAUUGGAAAGAAUUGAAGAUUACUCAGGGUCUAUCGGUAAAUGGUCAGCAAAAAGUGGGAGAAAACCAAUUCUGACAGAAGAAAGUAGCCGAAGCACUUAUUGUCAGCCUCAACCUUCGAGUUCAAUAUAUGAGCUGCCGGUGUCGUCCUCAUACAACGAGACAAGGAAGCUGCUAGUUCCAGUUGGGGUUCAGUUGCAGCAGUCCUAUCCCCGCAGCUUGGCACGUUUUGCUGCGCAGCUAGGUCCUGUCGCUUGGGAGAUUGCGUCCAAACGAAUUGAACGUGCCCUUCCCCCAGGAACAAAGUUUGGCCGUGGGUGGGUAGGAGACGGUGAAGCACCGAACGCAACUCAGCCACCAGUGCUUACUACAUCUUCAACAGCCUUGAUACACCCAAGUAGUACAGAAACAUCAAGUGAACAGCCAACUCAUAACGGUACGGCCAGCACAAGCCAUUCAGCAGGACCUCAGCCAUCUUCCGCACCAUAUGCCUCUUCUACAAUCACAACUCAUAGGGUCAAUUGUCAGUCAUUACCAAGCCAGCAACACGGAUCAGUGCCACAGGUUUCAGCAGAAAGAGGUGAACAUGGUGCUGAGGUGAAGGGCAACCAUAAUAAUCUUCAUGAACGGCCAGCCAUUCAGCACACUGUUAAUGGCUUCAGUGCUGUUUCAGGAUCAAACAUAUUCCCUUCUGCGGCACAGAUGGUGGCGAAUCGGAUGCAGACACAUACAGCUGAUUAGCUAGCUAGUAGAGAGACCUGAGAUCAACAUAGUGAAUUUAACAUUUGGAUGCAGAGCUCCAGUGAAUUGUCCAUCAUGAUCACCAAGCAACAAGGGCCUGCUCACACUAGGCACUAGCAACUCAGCACCAACUGUCCAAAAACCUCGGAUGAUCCAAGUUCUGACAAGUGGCAAGUCUUGUGAGCCAUGUCGAUCCACCACGCCGUGAAUUGGCAUUGCAUUUGCGAAAACAUGUUGUGUGAUUGAUUAGAAACAUAGGAUAGCAUGCAGAAAAUUGCAGAGUAAUAUGUAGGGGGAGGUGUAUUCAGCAGUGUGUAGUAACAGCGGUGAGUUCCAGUUGGAGAUUCAACGAUUCUGAUGUGUAGAAACCACAGGGAAAACUUUCUGUAUAGAUUAUUCAUCAGUGUUUAUGAUUGGUUGACAUUAUCUGUUCUCCAUUUGGUAGAAUUAGAUAGCAUAGCAGAUCAUAUAUAGGCUUGCAAGAUAUGAAAGUUCAUCACAAACUCUCAUCAAAUACAUUGAGAUGCAGUUUUCUUUUUUCUUUUUUUCA